AUGUCAUACGGCCAACAAUUCAAGAUCCGCGAGGUGCCCCCGAUCGUGCAGGAGCUGGUGGCCGGCGGCGUGCAGGAGCCGCCGGGCCAGUACGUGGUGCCCGAGCAGGACCGUCCAGCCGCGGCGGUCUCUGAGAUGCCCGAGCCCAUCCCCGUCGUCGACCUCAGCCGGCUGUCUGCCGACAGCCCCGACGAGCUCGCCAAGCUGCAGUCCGCCUUGCAGAACUGGGACCUCUUCCUGGCCGUUGGACAUGGAAUGGAUCCUAAUUUUCUUGCCGAGGUGAUGAAGGCUGUGAGGGAGCUCUUCAGGCUUCCACUAGAAGAGAAACAGAAGUACUCGAACAUUGUCGACGACAAGAAGAUGAGCUCGGAUGGAUACGGCAACGACAUGGUCGUGGUGGAAAAUCAGGUCCUUGACUGGAACGACCGGCUGAGCCUCCUGGUGGAACCCGCGUCGGAGAGAGCCUAUGCACUGUGGCCAACGCAGCCACCUUCUUUCAGAGACAUUCUAUGUGAGUACACGGUCCGGUGCAGAGCGGUGGCAAUCCUUAUCCUGCAAAACCUAGCCAAGCUUCUCAAUUUACAGGAGGAAUACUUGACAACCAUGCUCGGCGAGAAGUCCUUAACCCAAGCUAUAAUCAACUACUACCCUCGAUGCCCCAAGCCGGACCAUGUCUUAGGCCUUAAGCCCCAUACCGAUGCUUCGAUGAUCACGGUCAACUUCAUUGAUGAUGACGUUAGCGGGCUCCAGCUCCAGAAGAAUGACAUAUGGUACAACGUGCCCAUCGUCCCAAACGCAUUGGUUGUGAACAUAGGGGAUGUAAUGGAGGUAGUGAGCAACGGGUUGUUCAAAAGCCUGGUGCAUAGGGUCGUGACCAAUGCGGAGAAAGAGCGCUUGUCAUCGGUGAUGUUCUACGCCUUGGACCUGGAGUCGGAGAUUGAGCCGGUGCCAGAGCUGGUGGAUGACAAGAGACCUAGACGGUACAGGAAGAUGAAGAGCAAGGACUACCUAGCGAAAUUCUUUGACACUUAUGCAACAGGGAAACUAGCCAUCGACUCCAUGAAGAUCUGAAUUAGGAUUCCAAUGUGAAUAAGUUCGGUGAGUGUAAGGUCUUGUAUGUGAGCGACUUUGAUUGUACUGUGUAAAUAAAGUUCAGCGGGUACCAUGGUCAUGUUUCUUCCAACAACCAGUUUGUAAUGAGUUAAUAAAUGGGCUUGGCCCAUGAAGAGUUUCUGAAAUUUCUAAUGUAAAUCUCAAAGGCCCAUGUGUAAAUCACAA